AUGAAGCUCAAAGAAAAAUUUGUGGAUUUACUCGACGGAACUCUUAUGUUUCCCGCUGAUGCUACGGUCGAAAUGGAGGACGAUGCACUGAGCAGCAGUAGUGGCAGUGGCGAAAGAUCGGAACCGGCCCAUGUUGCCAAUUUUUCUCAUAAUCAACUUCUUCAAAGAACCAGCGUUCAAAAUCCGAGGCAAAUGUUUCCAGCUGAGCAGACUCUGGAUAUUCCUUCUCAUUCACAUUAUCACACCGAACACAGUCCUCGAUAUCAAACGGCUUCAGUGCAAGAUUAUUUGCUGCCUAAUGAAGAUCCAUCAAGCGUAGUGGCCAAUGCACAGCAAAGCUUGGCAAAUCUACUGUUGCGAAUGGUACCUGCCGAAAUCCCUUUCCCUGAAAUAUCGCGUCGCACUUGUUUUGGAAUCCUAGAAGUUCAGCAGAAGCUGAAAGUUCAGAACGCUUCGUCGAAAAGUCAGCUAACCAAAACGAGAGUGGACGAUGUGGAAACUGCUAUGCCUUCAAACAGCAAUACUCUCCGAGAAACUAACACAGUUUUGAGUAAUACUCAUUGUGGCGAAGAAAUUGAGUGCAAAGAAAUACAGCAUUCUGACUCCUCCCCUGGCCGAUCCAAACCGCAAUUAUUCAAAUGGAGUCAGUCUCGAAAUUCACCAGCAAUCGAACCAGGGGUGGCGCUUAAACGGAGAUUAGACACAGAGCAGAACAUUAUUCUGGGUGGGAAACUGCUAAAACCUAGUUACUCAGGGCAGCAAAGCAAUUCGCCCUCGAGAAGCAGAAACUACAAAUGA